CACCCCCACCCCCCGCGGCGCCGCCGCCCGCCUCCGACCAAGGUCCCCAUGAAAGAAGAAGGCGGAGCCAGUCUCCCUCGCAACCUUCAACGACCCAAGUUUGUCCCUUCCUCCACCCGUGGGUCCAUCCCGACAUGCUGCGCAGCCACCCCACCGCCCCCCCGCGAGCGCACCGAAGAGGAGCUCGGCGGGCGCGCAGGGGCAACAUGACCCGCGUAAAGCCACGGCGCGACGGAUCUGCCUCGGAGGACUACAGCCCGUCGCGCGCCGACGAGGCGGGUGAUUGGGGUGUCGAGCAGCCCGUGGAGAGGAGGGAAUGUAUAGGAGAUUGGGAGGGUUUGGUGGGGACUCGAUGUCGUACCGUGCUGAUGACGUUGGCGAAAGGAGUCCACCAAGAAGAUUGUGCCCUCCAUGCCGAUGGAGCGGAGGGAGCGUAGCGGAGCUCUUUUUCCACCGCCAUCUCCCUUCCUAGCAGCCCCAGCGAGCUCUCUUUUUCCGUUCCCCAGAUUGAUGCUGCUCGAGAUUCAGUUGGGGCACCGGCGACCUUCGGAAGAGGAGGACAGAUCUGAUAGAGUGGCAUUUGGUAAAGAGUACGCUGCAGAACGAGUGUACGUGAGUGAAAUCAUGGAUGUCAGCAUUAACAUGAGCAUCACCAUAGUGCGUGAUCUCCUUGAUGAUGCCGUUGACGAGAUUUGUGGUUUCUCUAAGUAUCCUCAGGCAGAUCUUGGUGCAACGUCUGGAAGACUCAGAGAACAGAAUGGUUCAGCUAAAGGUGCUCCUCAUUCUACAACUCGAACUAAGGAGUGCCCUACUGUUGAGAUGCAAGCAAUGAAAGCUCGGGACAUCAGUGUGAAGCCUAUACUGAAGAGAAAGGAGGAGCAUGUCGAUUGAAAACCAAGAAAACGUGUCAGGUUUAAUGCUGAUGUGAAAGCAGUGGAGCUUUCUGAACAUGAAGAUUCUCAUAUGGUUCCCCAAUCCAUGAACGUGGUAACAACAAAGGACAACUCCACUCCAUCAGAGUCACAUGGUGUUCCUAACUAUGUUAGGAGCCCUUCAAAGUACACCUGCUACACUUUGGAGAACGCCAGAGAGUACUGAUGGAUCUAACAUGAGAGCUCUUGCAGACUUUCACAAUCUGUUAGGCAGAUCAGAUCGAUCUAAUAUAAACAUGUAUUGCUUUAGUCCGUGGCAACGCACGGAUAAUGUACUAGUAAGAUUUUAAAGUCACGAAAAUAGAGGAUUGGAAUACUUCUGAAUUAGAUCUAUUUGUAUUUAGAUACAAUUCUUAGGAAUCAA